GAUUGAGUGGUUACGUGGAGGGGAGUGGGAGGUAAUCGGAUUAAAGUGAAUUUGGUUCAAAUUGAGGCUUUUGAUAGCAGGUUCUGCACUCUGGAGCAAGUAGCUGUCCACAGCAGACUUCUUCAUCAUUCACUGGGAGUAAAGAGAGCAGCACAACAACCGCCAAAAUGCCAGUCGAUUUGAACGGAUAUUGGAAAAUGAUCUCCAGCGAUAACUUCGAGGAGUACCUGAAGGCUCUUGAUGUAAAUGUUGCCAUCAGGAAAAUCGCCACCUUGUUGAAGCCUGACAAGGACAUUAGUCACGAUGGGGACCACAUAAUCAUCAAAACCCUCAGCACAUUCAAAAACUACAACAUGGACUUCUAUGUGGGCAAGGAGUUUGAGGAGGAUCUGUCUGGAGUGGAUGACAGGAAAUGCAUGACCACCAUCAGCUGGGAUGGAGACAAGCUGGUGUGUGUGCAGAAGGGGGAGAUAGAAGGAAGAGGCUGGACCCACUGGGUGGAUGGAGAUGAGCUUCAUCUGGAGCUGAGAGCUGGUGGAGUUGUUAGCAAGCAGUUGUUCAAGAAGUCCUAAACUGGCUCUUACUGAACAGGACGACGCCCCCCGGUUGACAUCGGCCUAAACAAACACACCAGAAACAUCCCAUGUGUCUGACAUCCCAUCCUACAUUCUCCAUAAUUUCCAUCUAUCCAUGUGUUUCCUGUAUUGAAAAUGAUUGUCAUGAAAAAUUCAGUUAUAUUCCAUCCUAACUGUUGCCUACUCUUCUGAAGCAAAUUCAGAGGGGCAGGGGCAGUAUGCAUCAGGUAACAUCACAACACGCAAUACAUCUGUGUCAGGUUGGGAGCUCUUUUGAUUAACAAGUUUAGAAGUGUUGGCUGCAUGCACACUAGGUGAAACUAAUCUGAUGGGUGACCCAGAUUGACAACGCAUGCGCUGAAAUGACCUAAAGUAAUAGAUGGCAUUGAAGACAAGAGAGCGUGGGUUAAUCCCAUUUUAGUUCCCUGAAAAAUUGCUUUGGAUGGCAAAAAAUAAAAAUCUGAGUGUGUGAGGGCUGUGAACUUCUUCACUACUGAUGCUUAGUCUCCAGAAUGGAUAUAGAUGUAAUGCUGUGUAUUUAUCCCUCCCAGUCCCUCUGGGAAUGUGCCAAUAUAGUCAAAUGAAUCAAUUAAUAAAGUAAACAAUGCUUAAUUAUGUUG